UAGAUUAAAGUACCUAUGCGGUAUGCCAAAAUAAAAUAGCAGACUCAAAAAGAAUUCCACUUUUGUUUUCUAUCGUUAUUAAAUAUUUCUACAAAUUUAUUAAAGUAGUAUUUAAUUUUUAAUGUGAAAAACAUUUAUUAGGAUAUUUGAAAAGCAUUCAUGAAUUCACCUUUACAUACUAAAGAUUGAUUCUUUUAUCUUCAUUGAAGUAAUUUCAAAUUGUGUGAGUAAUAACUUUUUAUUAAAUGGAACUAAUGCCUAGACAUUGAUCAUCGCAAGGCCCUAAUUCAAUUUAUUAAAUCAAAUCAAAUCAUCUUUAUUUGCAAGAUAAGGGAUAAUGACACUUUUGUUGAAAAGUGUUUGGAGAAAUGUCCUCAGAAACCGACCACUGAACAAUUCUGCACUAAGGUCAACAAGCCUGUCUUCUAGUAUUUCAGAGAUGACUGUAUCAAGAAGUGCAGAGACCCUGAUGCUCAGUAUAAAGUCAGCCCCGAGUAUAGAGGAUGUCCUAGCAGCUGUCCAGGCCAACAUUGGUUAUCUGACUCACAGGCACAUGCUGCAAGCGUUAAAGACAUUGUUUGAACUACAGAAAUCUCAUAGCCAUGAUCCAGAAGCUAUAACCAAAGAUCCCAGUUUUGGGGUGCUCUGUCAAAAUUUCAAAAAGCAUGCCAGAGCUCUUGAUGUCAAUGAAACAAUUGAAGCAGUGAAAGUCCUAUCCUACCUUAAGGUCCCCGUGGACUCACUUCUCGUUCAGACGCUGUUGCAAUUAAUAAGAUGCAAUAUAAACAUGAUCAGUAUUAGACAAAUAAUGUUCCUAGACUUUUUGUUAGCUCAGUUUGAUAGCAAAAAUCAUUUAGUGGACGCCUUGAGGUUAGCUUUACCGCUGGCAUUUCAAAUUCAUCUUCCACUGGAGCUCGACCAUCAAGACUUGCCUCUUUUAAGAGACAUGUUGAUGUACGCAUGCUUCCACGACCUUCCCGACAGAUGCAUCAACAACAUAGUAACCGGACUCUUACUGCACGACCAAGCGAUUGAUGCUUACGUUGCCAAGUCGGUGAUUUGGUCGUUGUGCGAUACAAAUUGCACGGAACAUGUAUAUCCUACUAGAGUACAACUGUUACAUAUCUGCUGCGAUAUAUUAACACAGCAAGUGGAUAAGUUGAGGUACGAAGACGUUCUGCGGACCGCUGCCAAGUUGAAGGGCAGGAUAUUGGAGAAGCACCCGGAGUAUUACCACCAACAGUUAAUGGAUGCCAUUGCCGGUUAUGUGAUAAAAACUGAAUUGCCGUUUGAGAAGGGUCUGCUUAUUGCACGGAUACUGUCACGGAUUGCCCAUACACAUUUAGGCCUAGUGGAACACCUGUGCAACCAAGCGGCUAUGAAUCCAGAAACUUUAGCCAACGCCCGCACCAAUAAUCUGUUCGGCUUCAUAAACUGCCUCUCCAACAACAACUACACUCCUGACUCGACCGUCUGGGACGAGAUCAAACAACAAAUAUGUCAGAAUCCGAUCCUGCAAGUGGACAGCGCUUCCUUACCGUGGACGAAAGUAUGUCUGGAGUUGGCGUCACUCGGCGUCUAUGACGACAAGCUUCUCAGUAAAGUGUUCUCUAAACAGUUCCUGGAGAAAUAUCUGGCAAGAGACAAUAACACGUUGGAUUUGAUUCAGCUGUUGACACUCAACGAGGCGGUCAAGACGUUCCAUAGUGACGGCUAUAGCUUGCCCGCUGAGAUUAUGGCGCAGGCCAAGGUUUGUUUCCCGGUGCAUGGGAUCAGUGAAGAGCUGGAGAAGUAUCUGGUCAAGGGUUUGGGCAGACCGGAGUACGUGGUCAGGAAUGUGAUGCUGCCAAAUGGUUUUAUUGCUGACGCGGUGAUCUGCCUGCGGAGCGGCCACCCCAUAAGCCUGCCGGCCUUGAGCAGCGACCGCAGGGUGCCGAUUGAGGACCUCAACAUUCCGCCCGGAUGUGUUGUCGUAUGCAUAAUGAACUUCAACUACGGUUGUUUCUCAAUGAACAGUAACCGUUUGCGCGGAACCUUCCGUCUUAUCAUAGACAUACUGGAGAAACAAGGAUACAUAACGGUCGCGUUCAACGUCAACGAAUGGAAGGAGGCGCCAAUGCACGAGCGCACGCCAUACCUGAUGCGGGAGGUUAACUACAGGUGCGGGGAGAUUGGCAUGCAAGUGUCGGCGACUUGAUACAGAUUAUAGAGAUAUAGAUAUUGACAGCUGAUGAUAAAAAUUCUAGUUGAUUAAAUGUUUUUUUUAGUA